AUGGUGGAAAAGUCGUGGGUUCAUCUAAACAUAGCUGAUCCUGGUUAUGAGAGAGGUGCGAGGGAGUUUGUGACGUGUGUUGGUGCAUAUAUAGCAGAGUCUGAGCUGAUCAUUUGCCCAUGCGCAGACUGUCGCAAUGUUGAUCGUCACUCAGCCGGUGUUGUGUUUGAUCAUCUAGUGACUAGGGGAAUGGAUUUGAGUUACAAGCUCCGUGAGGAUUGGUAUCAUCAUGGAGAAGUAGUAUCAGGGGCUGGCUGUAGAAGCGAUGCAAGUGAUCGGAACAAAGAGAUUUUAGGGUUAUACCAAGCAGCUGAGUUUCUCGAUGAAGAUUUUGUUAGGCAGCGUGAUGUAAGUGAGGUUGCUGAAGGUGAAGAUAAGGAAGAGGAUGAGUUUCUUGCUAUGCUAGCAGAUGCAGAAACACCACUGUAUCCAAGUUGUGCUAAUCACAGCAAGCUCUCGGUGAUAGUUUCCCUCUUUAGGAUAAAGACAGAAAGUGGUUGGUCUGAUAUGAGCUUCGAUAGGUUGCUUGAGACGUUGCCACAGAUGCUGCCCGAGGAUAAUGUCUUGCACACAUCGUUGUAUGAAGUAAAAAGGUUUCUGAAAUCUUUUGAUAUUGGUUAUGAGAAAAUACACGCUUGUGUGAACGACUGUUGUUUGUUCAGGAAGGAACUUGAGAAGCUAGACAACUGUCCGAAAUGCAAUGCUUCAAGAUGGAAGAUUAACAUGCGCACAGGUGAUGUGAAGAAAGGUAUUCCACCGAAAGUUCUGAGGUAUUUUCCGAUAAUCCCACUGCUGAAGAGGAUGUUCAGGUCAGAGGACAUGGCGAAGGACUUAAGGUGGCAUUUUAGUAAUAAGAGCACUGAUGGAAAAAGCAGGCAUCCGGUAGAUUCUGUAACUUGGGAUCAGAUGAAUGACAAGUACCCGUCCUUUGCUGCUGAAGAACGGAAUCUCAGGCUAGGGCUGUCGACUGAUGGGUUCAAUCCUUUUAGCAUGAAGAAUGUGAACUACAGUUGUUGGCCUGUUUUGCUUGUCAACUACAACAUGUCACCUGAGAAGUGUAUGAAGGAGGAGAACAUCAUGUUGUCAUUGCUGAUUCCUGGUCCAACCCAACCUGGAAACAAUAUUGAUGUGUAUUUAGCACCACUUAUAGAGGAUCUAAACCUGCUGUGGGAGAAAGGAGAGGUCACGUAUGAUGCAUUCAGUUAG